AUGUUGGCUUCUCGGCGGCUAUUGCGCGUGGCUCGCACAGAGAGGGCUAGGUUUGGGCUGCGAUACCUGGCUACAGCUCGUGAGAAUGACAAGGUUCGACAGAACAAUUGGGAACAUGGAACUUUUAUCAACUACAAGAAAAUGUCCGAGACCCUUGACGUUGUCCGGCAGCGCAUCAACCGCCCACUGACGUACUCGGAAAAAGUCCUGUACGCUCACCUCGACGACCCUCGCCACCAGGAAAUCGAGCGCGGUGUCUCUUACCUGAAGCUACGUCCUGACCGUGUCGCCUGUCAGGAUGCAACCGCUCAAAUGGCAAUUCUCCAGUUCAUGUCAGCCGACAUGGACUCAGUCGCCAAUCCCACCACCGUCCAUUGUGACCAUUUGAUUGAAGCUCGGAACGGCGGCCCAGAUGACCUUAGUCGCUCCAAGAGCACAAGCAAAGAGGUUUUUGAAUUUCUAUCUAGUGCAUGCGCGAAAUACAACAUCGGAUUCUGGGGUCCCGGUUCCGGUAUCAUUCACCAAACUCUCCUAGAGAACUACGUGUUCCCCGGUGGACUCCUCAUUGGCACCGAUUCGCACACUCCUAACGGCGGCGGCCUCGGCAUGUGUGCUAUUGGCGUUGGGGGAGCUGAUGCCGUAGAUGUUAUGGUCGAUCUUCCUUGGGAACUAAAGGCGCCCAAAGUAAUCGGCGUUAACCUAGUUGGGCAAUUGUCGGGGUGGGCUUCGCCGAAGGAUGUCAUUUUGAAAAUCGCCGGUAUGCUAACGGUGAAGGGUGGCACUGGUUCUAUCGUUGAGUACACCGGCCCCGGCGUGGAGAGUAUCUCCGCGACUGGCAUGGCCACAAUCUGUAACAUGGGUGCAGAAAUCGGCGCCACCACGUCCAUGUUUCCUUUCAGCAAUCAAAUGUACGAUUACCUCGUUGCCACUAAACGGAAAUACGUUGGUGAUUACGCUCGGGUGUACUCCAACAUGCUUCGCAAGGACGAAGGAGCCGAGUACGACCAGCUCAUCGAGAUUGACCUCUCUAGUAUAGAACCCCACGUCAAUGGUCCCUUUACCCCUGACCUGGCGACUCCUAUUUCCAAAUUUGCAGACGCAGUAAGGUCCAAUGGCUGGCCUUCUCAAGUGAAAGUUGGCCUGAUCGGCUCAUGCACCAAUUCCUCUUACGAAGAUAUGAACCGCGCCGCCUCCAUCGCUAGCCAGGCCCUGAGCCAUGGUCUAGAAACCAAGGCCGCGCUGAUGGUCACCCCGGGCUCUGAACAGAUCCGCAGUACAAUAGAGGAGGAGGGCCAGCUCAAGACCUUGGAGGCACUUGGCGGUCUUGCCCUGGCAAACGCUUGUGGGCCAUGCUGCGGCCAGUGGGAUCGUCAGGAUGUCCAAAGAGGUGAACCGAACAGCAUCAUUUCCUCUUAUAACCGUAAUUUUACAGGCCGCAACGACGGAAACCCUAGCACUCAUGGGUUUGUGGCAUCUCCCGAAAUCGUUGUUGCGAUGAGCAUUGCUGGCUCGUUGGAAUUCAACCCUCUCAAAGAUAAGUUGGAAGACAAGGAUGGAAAAGAGUUUUUACUUUCUCCCCCGACUGGCGAUACUCUCCCGAAGCAAGAAUUUAAAACCAGCGAGGGGCUCUAUCAAGCACCUCCCGAAAAUCGCUCUGCUCUCUCGGUCAACAUUUCCCCAGAGUCCGACCGUCUCCAGUUUCUUGAACCGUUUAAACCAUGGGAUGGAAAUGAUGCUCUAUCUUGCCCCAUAUUGAUCAAGACGCAAGGCAAAACUACUACAGACCACAUUUCUAUGGCUGGCCCUUGGUUGAAAUAUCGUGGCCAUCUCGAUAACAUCUCGAACAACAUGCUUAUUGGCGCUGUCAGCGCAGCGGACGGGGCAAUCAACAAGGUCAAGAACUGUUACACAGGCCAACACGAUACAGUACCCUCUGUCGCUCGCCAGUAUAAAGCAAAGGGCGUCAGAUGGGUCGUUGUAGGCGAAUGGAACUACGGCGAAGGCUCUUCGCGAGAACACGCAGCUCUUGAACCCCGCCACCUCGGUGGCCUUGCUAUUGUCGCCCGCUCAUUUGCUCGUAUUCAUGAGACCAACCUGAAAAAGCAAGGCAUGCUUCCUCUCACAUUUGUGAAUCCUGACGAUUACGAUAAAAUCAACGCAGAUGACAAGGUGGACAUUCUUUGCACUCAACUUGAAAUUUCUCAUUCCUUGACGAUGAUUGUUCACCCCAAGGACGGAGAGUCCUUCCCGGUGCAGCUUUCUCAUACCUUUAACGCCGCGCAGAUCAAAUGGUUCCAGGAUGGAAGCGCUUUGAACACUAUGGCAAAGCACUCUUGA